UUCUCGUACAAAUUUACACGGCUCAGAGGAUAUAAUGCCAGAUUAUCGUAGUAAGGCUGCAGCGAUUCUGCAUAUAUAUUUGUCUGAGCACAGCUGCGCGUCGCUUACAGUUUCAACUUAUCCGCCGUGUGUGACAGUUAGCGUUUUUAUGCUUUGGUGAGACCAAAACACGAUUUGCAAGUGUAAAGAUCAAACAACAUACUGCUGAGAAUGUGCUUUUCAACUUUUGAGCGCUAAUUUAAAGUUUUCAAAAUGACUACAUUGGUUUCUAGAAAUACAAAGACGCCAGAAUACCACAGUACUUAUAUCGAAUAAUAUUGUGGGUACUUACAAGUUAUAGUUUAUAAUAGCGAGAGUAUAAACGAUAUAUAAUGAGAAUGGACAUGAAACUUGUUUCCUUCGUACUUAUACUUACUGUAGUGUUGCUGGAAGCGAAAAUAAAUUUCUGGGAAGACUUACAAUUAGCAAUCUCUCGGAAAGCAAUAUUCAACUAUCUGUUCGCGAAAACUCCCAAUGUAGUAAGAGUAAGGAAACCAGAAAAGAUCGUGACACAAGCAAACUAUGUAACCACAUUGGAUUUUAUCGGUUUAGUAGAAAGAUACGGUUACCCUGCCGAGGAGCAUUACGUCACAACGGAAGAUGGUUACAACUUGGUGAUACACAGAAUAUCAGGAAGUCCUUUGUCUAACAAUCAACAGAGAAAAAAAGUUAUAUUUCUUCAACACGGUUUAUUGGGUUCAUCCGAUUCCUGGGUGUCAAUCGGCGCUGGCAAAGACCUUGCAUUUUUAUUGGCUGAUCAAGGAUAUGAUGUGUGGGUUGGAAAUGUCAGGGGAAAUUCGUAUUGCAGAUCGCAUGUAAAACUGUCCCCACAAAAUAAAGAUUUUUGGCAAUUUAGCUAUGACGAGAUAGGAACGAAAGACCUACCAGUUAUGAUCGAUUAUGUACUCAGUAACACAAAACAAAAGACUCUACGCUAUGUCGGUCACUCAAUGGGGACUACUACAUUAUUUAUUUUAUUAUCCACGAAACCAGAAUACAAUGUGAAAAUAAAAUUGGGUAUCCUUCUUGCUCCGGUCGGUAUUUGGAAAGAAAUAUCUACCCCGGUGGAACAUAUUUAUAAUAGAAUACCAAAGUUAAAGGGAUUUUUAGAUUCCAACGGAAUAUAUGAAAUAGCUACCUUGUCAUCAAAGAGCAUCUCUAUCGGAAGAACACUAUGUUCAGAUACGGCAGUUACCCAGGCUGUCUGCAUUGCAAUAUUUUUUUUGUUAUCCGGAUCUGACCCAGCACAACUUAACACUACGAUGUUACCAGAAAUAUUAUCACAUUUCCCGAGCGGCGCUUCCGUACAGACAUUUCAUCAUUUUUACCAAAAUAUUGCUACACAAAAAUUUCAAGCUUACGAUUAUGGAUAUUUUAACAAUUACAAGCAAUAUGGACAGUCAACCCCUCUGAUUUAUGAUCUUAAGAAAGUUACCGCCCCCAUGGCUUUAUUUUACGGCGACAAUGAUCAGCUUGAUCUAAAAUCGAGCGUUCUCGAGACAUCCAAGCAUCUACCGAACAUUAUUCUACUGGAACAAAUUCCGUAUAAAUUGUUCACCCAUCUGGAUUUUCUAUGGGCCACCGAUGGAAAAGCUCUAUUAUACGACCGUGUAAUAGAGGUACUUGAGGAGUUGAUAUUUCGCAGACUGUGUCAAUCUAUGAAUAGUUUGACUUUCUGUUGAAAAAUUUAUUUACUUUUGGAUUAUAAUAAUGUUUAUAAUCCAAUAAUAGAAAAGCUUAUACUAAAUUACUGGCUGAAAAAUAUGCUGCAAAUUAUCCUUUUUUGACAAACAUUUAAAAAUAUAAUAUUAUUGCAUCAUCCCAGCAACGCCGUGUUUCUGCCGGAAGAAUUUUUUCUAAAAACCUGGCAAUAUAUUAGCUAUAAUAACAAUAAGGCAUUAAGAUAUGUAUAGUAUGUAAUUGAUUGAUUAAAGAUAAUA